AUGAAUGGAAGCACAACUUCCGUAUCGUCACAUAGGGAUGCAUUUGUUCGUGGUCUCACUACAGGCUUGAAACCCCCUACUGCACGUGGCCCACGCUUCGUUUUACUGCAUGCAGGAGGUAAAGAUGGUUUUAUUAAUGGAGCCGAACUAACCUUUUUAGCAAAGAAAAAUACAGCAGACUAUCAUGACGAAAUGGAUGGACCUCUUUUCGAAAAUUGGUUUAAAACCAAACUUCUUCCAAAUAUUCCCGAUAAAACUGUAAUAGUAAUGGACAAUGCGGCGUAUCACUCCAGGAAGUUUAAAAGAAUUCCAAACAAUUCUAACAAUAAGGAAGAAAUAAAGGAGUGGUUGCGUUCAAAGGAUAUUUAUUUCGAAGAAGAUUACCUAAAAUCCGAACUGUUGGACGUUGUAGCUCAUUUUAAAUCGCAGUAUGAUGAGCGUAUCGUAGAUAAAAUUGCAAAAAGUAAGAAUGUUAAGUUGCUAAGAUUACCUCCAUAUCACUGUGAACUAAAUCCGAUAGAGCUGGUAUGGAGUGAAAUAAAAAGGUUUUUGGCAAGACAUAAUACAAAUUUUAAGAAGUUAGAAGUAGAAAAUCUAAACAUGAAGCAUACUCUCAAUUACGUGCAACACGUAAUUAGCGUAGAAAGACGGAUGUGGAAUAUCGAUAAUUUACUGGACAAUAUAGACCCAGUUAUAAUAAACCUUAAUGACGACAGUGGCAGUGAAAGUGAGAAAGACGGGAGUAUAGAAGAAAUCUAA